ACUCGGGGCCACCAGGGCAGGUGCCCCAGGGAGGGUGAAGACUGCACAGCCCCAUUCAGCCAGCUUUGAGUUUGGUACUGAUGCUGUAUCAGAUCCAGACAUGCUGAUGGCCCCGAAGCGCUGUCUACAGAGAGAAUGAACUUCAGAUCUUCGGGCUUGUCUGACCAGUCUGCGGAGGGUCUACCCGAGCAACUUUCCCUUGGUCCCCGCCAGCUAGCCGUUCUUUUCCCGACCCCUGGAGUGUAUUUUUAAGUCAGAGGAUAGACUUGAAGUGGCUUUUAGGGCAUGUAACCUUGACCAGGUCUCCUAACUCGUUCAUCCUGUUUCCUUAAUCGGUGCCUUUGGAUUGUGCGAUUCUAAUGAGGGCUGUUAGGACAACGUCCAGAUUCGCCUCUUUGCUUUUCAUGCCAACGUGCUUCCGCUUCUAUAAUCACCCAAGAAAACACCAUGAAAGAUACGGACAUCAAGAGACUACUGUAUACCAAUCUUUUGUGCAUCUUUUCAAUUUUCCUAAGCAUUUUUAUUCCACCAUUCUUCUUGGAUAACUUCUCGGUAUUGGAAACACACUUGAUAUGGUUGUGCACUUGUUCCACUUUUGUAACUGCUGUCAAUCUCCUAUUAUAUCUAGUAGUGAAACCAAAUGUAUCUUCUAAAAGAAGUUCAUUAUCACAUAAGGUAACCAGAGUUUUGAAAUGCUGGAUCUACUUUCUUAUGUCCUGCUUCUUCCUUCAUGUGAUUUUUGUUCUAUAUGGUGCACCACUAAUAGAGUUGGUGUUGGAAACAUUUUUAUUUGCAGUUAUUUUGUCUACUUUCACUACAGUACCUUGUUUAUGUUUGUUAGGACCAAACCUCAAAGCAUGGCUAAGAGUUUUCAGCAGAAAUGGAGUUACAUCCAUCUGGGAGAAUAGUCUUCAGAUCACUACAAUUUCUAGUUUUGUAGGAGCAUGGCUUGGAGCAUUUCCUAUUCCACUGGAUUGGGAAAGACCAUGGCAGGAUCUCCUAGUCCCAGCCCUCCUGGAAGUCACUGUGUGGACCAGGCUGGCCUCAAUGUCAGAGAUCCUGCCUCUGCCUCCCAAGGACUGGGAUAAAAAGCCCACAUUGUUAAUGAUACUUUUCACAUACUAAAAAUGCAAAUUCCAUUAAUUGUUGAGUUCUCAUGUGUUAGUAUAAUUGUUUUCUUGUUCUUCUUGCUCAGCAAUCUUCAGUUGGUAUUGUCUUUCUGUUCUUGGUAUUUUGUUAAACCACUUUAUUGAAGUAUUUGGAUUUCACAUCAUUUUUUAAUCCUGUUUGACAUUUCAGAUAAUAAUAGAACCUGGUAACAUUUGUAGGUCUCUGUGUACCAGGCAUGGGGCUUGGCACUAUCCCAGAAGUAACUUAAUCAUGACAACUGUAGUGCAAGGUAGAUUUCAUUCCCAUUUUUACUCACCAGAAAGUCAAAGUGUAGGAGGGGAGGAGUACACAUCCUGUUCAACAGUAUUUAGCUGGCAAGGGAAGGUUUAGGAUUCAAACAAGAGCCCCACCUACACUGUGAUUCUGUUCACUGCUGGAGACUAAAGCACAGUGUUUCUUUCUUUCUUUCUUUUUUUUUUUUUUUUUUAAUGACAGUGUUUCUUUUUAAAAACAGCAUAGCUUAGUUCUCUGUAGAAUAGCUUGAGUAGCUAUUAAAUUGCUUGCUUUCCCCACAUUGUUUCUUCUAAAUGCCAAGAUCACUCUGAUGAUGUCUGUAUUUUAGACUAAAAUUUAAUACAUUUGUGGGAGAGUACUUAAAGCUAAUUUACAAUGCCUUUGUGUCUGAAAAACCCACAAAUGCUUUUUUUCUCUGUGUGUGCGUACAUGUGUGCAUGUGCAAAAGGAUGUCAGGUAAUCUGCUUUAUCACUCUGCCUUAUGACUCCUUUAUUUUUAAAAUAUUUAUUUUAUGUCUGUAUCUGUGGUUAUGUGUACAUGUGUCCAUAUGAACGUGAAGGUCAGAAAGGAGCAUUGUAUCCCUUAGAGCUGGAGUUCCAGGUGUUUGUGAGCUGACCAGUGUGGAUGCUGGAUCUGAGCUCUGGUCCUCUGACAGAGUAGUAAGUGCUUUUAACUGCUGAGCCAUCUGUCUAGCUCCCUUAUUCUCUUGAGACAGGGCCUCACUGAGCCUGGAGCUAGGCUGGUGGUAAGCUGGCCCUAGCCAUUCUCCUGUCUCUGUCCUCCACGGCAUUAGGGUUACAGGCACUCCACCUUUUUUGUUUUUUUAAAUAUGAGUGCUUAGGUCCUCAUGCUUACACAGCAAACACUCUUACUAGGUGAGCCACCUUCCCAGGCUCCACAAAUGCCUUUACAGUAUGGACUUCAAUGAUAUUACCUUUAAAAGAGAUUAAGCCAAGUAAUGUCUCUUCUAGGUUACUUAUUUCUAAUAAAGUUAACAAGCAAAUAUAUUUUAAACAACUGAAUUCGAAACCUGAAUUUUAGACACUUGAAAUAUUCAAAACAAUUUUAACUUAUUUUAAAAUAUUUGUACUAAUUCUAAUUAGAUACCAGGUAAAUGAGACAGUGUUGUAUUUUUUGAGCCAGUGAGAUGAAUCAGUGGGUAAAAGUGCUUGCAAGCCUAACGCCUGAGUUUAGUCCCCAGAAUCCACAUAAAGAAGAGAACUGGCUCCCAAAAGUUGUCAUUUGAUUUCCAUACAUGUGCUGUAUGCUCAUGCCCACAUGCAUACACACAUAUACAAUAAUAAAUAUAAACAUUAAAAUUCAUUUUCUCUAGUUUUACCCUUAAAAUUUUAGUAUUUAUGAAACACUCACUUUCUGAAAUCACAGAUGUUCUCAUAAUUUGAAAUGAUUGUAAUUAGUUAUUACAGAAUCUCAGAGUGGGAGAUGAAAUGAAGAUUAGAGAUUGGAUUGAAGAUGUGUGAUUUUAGGCUAACUGCUAUUUCUGUUACCAAAGGGAUCAUACUGUGUAAUAGACCAAAGUAAAAUAUUAUAUGAUUCAAGAAUGAGGAAAAAACAUAAUAACUGACAGAAGAUGGUUUGGGGUUAAAAAAUGUGUUCAUUGUGUAUUAAUGUGAUGCUAGCUAGGCUAACUUAUGUGCAUGUAUGUAUCCAGGAUCAUUUAAUGUCACUU